AUGUGGAGGGACAGAACAAACCUCUACAUAUCGUUCCGGCAGUCUUACACCCAUCACCCUUCGAAACGACGGCGCUUCAACGAUUCCAGCAAUGGCUUCACAGCUCAUGAAUCGGAGGAGACUCGCGGCCUCAUGUCGCGAGGAGCCUUCGAGGACGACGGCGAUACAGUCAUAGAAAUGGACCUACUCCCUCCUCGCUGGAUUGAUGUACAGGAAGAGGUAGGCGACAUCCUCAAAGAUAUAACCCUGAAAGCGGGUAAAUUGGACAAACUACACUCCAAGCACAUCCUCCCUGGAUUUGAUGACGAGGAUGUGAAGGCUCGAGAGGAGAUGGAGAUUGAAGGGCUGACGCAAGAAAUCACGCGAGGCUUUCAAGAGUGUAGGAAAGCGAUCAAGAGGAUAGAGCGUAUGGUGAAAGAAGCUCAACAGAACAACACCCUGCAAAGAGGAGAUGAAGUCAUGGCCAAAAAUAUACAGACAGCUCUGGCAGGACAAGUUCAGGAAGUCAGUGCUUCCUUUCGGAAGAAGCAGUCCAGCUACCUGAACAAGUUACGGCAGCUAGGCGGUUUCGAGUCUCCUGCUUUUGGCUCUGGACGAUCCGGCACGCCUGUGCAAGCCCAGAAUCCCUACACCGAUCCAGCUCUGAUGGACGCGGAUACCGACGCUUCUUUCUCACGCUCAACACUCCAACAAACAGCGCAGAAGAGACAUGGGAGGAACGACACGGUUAUCGCUCAGCGCGAGCAAGAAAUUAACGACAUAGCCAAAGGCAUCAUAGAGCUGAGUGACAUAUUUCGAGAUCUUCAAGCUAUGGUCAUCGACCAGGGUACUAUGCUUGACAGGAUAGACUACAACGUCGAACGUAUGGUGGUCGAGGUUAAAGGCGCAGAGAAGGAGUUGAUCGUGGCCACGAAUUACCAAAAGAGGUACACCAAAAGGAAGAUCAUAUUACUGCUGAUACUGGUCAUUUUUGGCUUGUUUGUGCUGUUGUUGGUUAAGCCGAGGAGUAGUGGGAAUAGCGAAGUACCAUCGACGCCUCCCACAGGAGAUACUGCUGGAGAGAAUACCUGA